AUGAGGCCUGUUAGUAUGGAGAAUUCUGUGCCGAGAAGCGCAUCGCCGUUGCCACAAACACCUGGGUCGAGCUCUAUGGGGUUAUGUAUACAGAACGGGGCAAUCAAAAGAAGCUCGGUGUUACAUCAUCCACAGGCAACGUAUAUCACACCUCUAGUUAAGUCUGAAGGCACUUAUAGUAGGCCAUCAAGUCCUUUUAGACAGUCGUCGCCGUUGCUGAAGAGGUCUGAGAGUGGAGGAAGCGGUGGUAGUCCUGAGUCGCCCAACACGGUGAGCAGUAGUACCAGUGGGCUGAGUUCUGGUAAUGGUACCAUCACUGGGCUAUACACGGGGAAAGUUUCGGUUGCUAUUAGGAUCAAGCCUUCAGAUUCUGCGCUCAAAGAUUCUUGGUAUGGUACGAGUAACAAGCUUAUGCAUACUGAGUUCGGUGAAUUUCAGUUCGAUCAUGUUUUUACCAAAGAGGUCACGAAUUCAGAAGUUUACAUGGCAUUGGGGCAGCCGAUUGUGGAUAAGUUGUUUCAAGGGUACAAUGCGACGAUAUUUGCAUAUGGUAUGACGGGAUCGGGCAAGACGUUUACUAUGAGUGGGACUAAGCAGGAUCCGGGAUUGAUUCCGUUAUGUGUUGGGAAUAUGUUUGAUAGAGUGAUGGAGGAGACGUCAAAAAGCACAGAACACAAGUAUGAAGUAAAAGUGUCAUAUCUGGAAAUCUACAAUGAGAAAAUAUAUGAUUUGUUGAGCAUCACUGAGGCUAACGGGGCUGUAGCGUCACGACAACUGGGGAGGAACUCUAGUGGCUUAAAGAUACGCGAUGACUCCAAAUAUGGGGUUAAAGUGGUAGAUUUGACGGAACAACAGGUUGAAAGCCAUGGCGAGGUGAUAAAAUGGAUAGCUGCUGGUGACAAGAAUCGUAAAACUGGCGAGACAGACUUUAACUCAAGGUCUUCAAGAUCGCAUGCUAUAGUGUUACUUCGACUAACGCGUUGUGAACUCAAAACCGGCACAGAGGUAACGAGUACGUUGUCAUUAUGCGACUUGGCGGGAUCAGAACGAGCAGUCACACAGCUCGUAAGGAGGAAAGAAGGUGCCUUCAUCAACAAGUCGUUGUUAGCUUUGGGAACAGUGAUUGCCAAACUAAGCGCCAACAGCGCUGGUAGUGGUUCAGGAUCAAAUGGUCAACCACCAAGUGCAAUGGGCGGACACAUUCCUUACCGGGACUCCAAAUUGACUAGAAUAUUGCAACCUGCUUUAACAGGAGAUAGUAUCAUAACCACUAUCUGUACAAUUGAUUCGAAAUCCGAAUCCAACUCAGAGACUACAAACACUGUAAGAUUCGCUUCAAGGGCAAAGAACAUAUCCUUGAAUGUGCGUAAGAAUGAAAUGGAUACAAGCAACGAAAAGGAUAGCAUAAUACAGAACCUAAGGAAACAACUUGACGAACAACAUGCAACGAUCGCAGCAUUAAGAAGGAAUAACAGUACUAGCAGUCGCAAACUAGACAAUCGACGCGUCUCUAGCGGAGGUAGCCUAACCGAACGAGCCCACAACAUGGAAAAGGGCCUACUAGAAGUGGAAAACAAUAUUCUAAAAACAAAAUUGGAGCAUUGUGAGAAAUUGCUAGAUAAAGAUAUGGUAGUAUUGGAAGACCCUCACGUCAGGGAAAUAGUAGACAUGCUCCCCCAAGACAUCGCUUCUGUAUUGGAAAGUAAAGUCCAGGGAAUGGAAUCACAACUAAGACAGUACCGCCACUAUGUACAAAGAUUGGAAUCCGACCUCAUUAAAUCACAAAAGAACAUCAUCGAAACACACACUGUCCAAUUCAAUCGACAAAGCACCGUGAAUAUUCAGGAGAAAUACGGCGGUGAAAUCGACGUAGAAUUGUUGCUUGAGGAGCAAGAAUCUGAACUCAUAGAACUACGUAGAGCAUUGGAACGCAAAGACAAAAUGAUCGAAGCAUUGCAAAGUGCACGCAGACUAAGAGAUAGCGCACGAAGUCCUGUAACCACCGUCGUUCUAAACAGGAAAGAACUCUCAGUUCAAGAUAUGAAAGUCAUAGAGGACAUUUAG